GGCAAUUCGCGGGGCAACUAGCUAUGACGAAAUGCAUUUAACAACUUCGCUUUGUACGAAAAUGUCUUGUGCAAGGCAUUGAGAUAAUUCAAUACUUAAAAGCAAGUCGGACACAUCAAUGUGCCUCUUUCCCUCGAUUUUUUGCUUCUAAUCCAAGCAGCUUUCAAUUCCGCGGAAACUCACUUUCAAGGAAAGAGAACCUGGCCAGAGCUCCUCGAACAUGUCACCACCUUCCAUCUUCCGCCUGACAGCACGCCAAUCCCUUCGUUCACGUCCUUCUCCUUCCUCAUUUCGAGCCCUCCGUUCAUUCUCUCAAACCCCACUCUCCAGAUUUCCACGAAAAGACAGCCAAGACAGAACCAGCAUCAACACCGAAGCAACAGAAUACUCGAAAAGCGGGACAGAUGAUGGUGCCGCGAAACAGGAGGAAGCAGCUUUCGAUCCAGAUAUCACGGAUCCGAAGAAGGAAGAGACGGUUGCAGGGGAAGGUCAGGGAUCUGGAAAUCCAUUAGAUGUCUCGCCUGCGAACCCUGAGGUCUCGAAACAAGGGGGAGGAGAGGCGGAUGGUGGUGCUGAGAAUUCGGGGGAGGGGAAGAGCCAGAGUGGAGGUGGGAGUCCGAAGAAGGCAGGCAAGCCAUGAUAACGAUCGAUUUACGUCUGGCAGAAUUUACGGUUGAAGGGAUUAUUGGAGUUUUCGGAAAAUAUUGUUGAAUUUCAAGACUGUCUGCUG